AUUGUGAAGCUGGCAACAUAGGCCUUUGUUUUGGUUUUUGAUUUCGAGUUUUCAGCCAGUAAAACUUAAACGUACUUAAUACUUAUUUUUAAAUAAAUAAGAGAAGCUCACAAGCUUCCAGUUAAAGUUUGAAAUAGAUAGAAAUACCUACAAAUCAGUGCGUACCUACUGUUUAAUAAAAAUCGUGAAAUCCGUUUAUUCUCUAAUGUCCUGGUACAAUCGUCUAUCAGUCUAUCGAGGCUGCCAGGAUAAAGAUUUAAAGUUUCUAUCACGAUUCUAUUAAAUAACACCUGCCUACAACCUACCUAAUAGGUAUUAUGGAUUCAUUAAAAAAAUUAAACACCGAGACUGUUAAAUGGAAAUCAAUCAAGAAUGACGGUUUAAACUUGGAAUACGCUAUAGCAAUACCAAGAGAUGUAGCUGAUGAACUCUUCGUAGAGUUUGAAAAUUGUUUACAAUACUUCACAGGUGAUUUGGCAAAAGUGAAGGUAUUCGGUAAAGUGUAUCCUUUACCUCGACAGCAAGUGGCGUAUGGAAAUCCGGGUAUAACAUAUAAAUACUCAGGGACUACUAUACCGGCGUUACCAUGGCCAGUGCCUGUAUUGGCACUGAAAGAUUUUUUAUUCAAAAUUAAAGGAAUAAAUUAUGAUUUUGUAUUGGUUAACAAGUAUAGAAAUGGCCACGACCACAUGGGGGAACACCAAGACAAUGAACCUGAAUUGGAUGCUACAUAUCCUAUUGCAUCUAUCUCAUUUGGAGAGGUGCGAACAUUUAUUCUUAAACAUAAAGAUGCCCGUAAAACUGGAAACGAAAAGAAACAAAUUCCAACUGUAAAACUCGAGUUGGAACAUGGUAGUAUUUUGCUGAUGAAUCCUCCAACUAACGAAGUCUGGUACCAUUCAUUACCAACAAGAAAAAAAAUAACAGGAGCUCGAAUUAAUUUCACAUUUAGAAAAAUGAAAACAAUAUAAAUUAUAUUUACAAAA